AUGGGAAACAAGAAUGCAUUUGAGAUCUUGAACGAAAACCUCGAAAAUGGCAUGAUAGACCCUGCAUUGGAAUUUUUGUGUAUUUUGCCGAUUGUCCACAUGUUGGAAAAAGGAUUAAGGCUGCCUCUUCCAAAUGGUGGCUUAAAUGCAAAGGUGAGAGGAUUAACUUUUUGUAAGGUUUUCUAAGAACUCUGGGAAAUCGCUCAGGGAACAUGACAAAGGAUCAUUUAAGAACAGUUUCGUAUCAUUCCCGAAUUGGAUAAAUACUCGGUAGACAACCAGUGUUGCAUGUACCCAUGCCCAAUCAGAUUGCUAUACCAUCUUACAGGUGGAUUGCCUUCCUGUCUUAUGAUGCCAAAUGUGGAUGUUCUACUCUGUACAAAGCUCGUCUUCAUAGUCCUGUAGACAAAAUCAGUUCUAUUGGCAAAAACCUCAAAGCUAAAGAGAUCCAUUGCGCAGAAAGUAUAAUAUUCCUGACUUCCGACAGCAGUCCCAUCAAAGCAAUUAAAUUCACUGAAUCAUCGAUUUGCAUGCUCUCAAAAGAAAAGAAGAAGGACGACCUCGUGAAGUUAGCAAGAAAACCAAACAUAUCUCAUGGAACUGUUGCAGAGAUCACUUCAAGACUGAAUAUUCGGAAAGUGUCCAACGUCAAUAUUCAAGUCACAAUGUGGGAAAUGACGAAAUUCACUUGUGGGACAGAGAAAUGCAGCCUGCCUUUGAGGCCAUGGUUUGUGUGAACAGUGAUUUGAUCUACACAGCCAAAGAACAAAAAAUCAAUAAAUUCCUUCCUAAUUGAAAAAGACGGCGUUAGACUGAAAGGCACCAAUUUUCAGCAGAUCGUUCCAUACGGUGUCACAUGGCAAAAAGUGAACAGUAUGUGUCUCUGUGACGGUAAUUUGUUUGUAUCUCAUGCACAAGGAAUAAGUGCGAUCAACUUGGAAACUUUGGAAUGUAGAUUAGUUGUUAGCAUAAUGAUCAUCCUUGUAUGCUUACAAGAUUUGUUUCAGACGUACUAUUUCACAAAUCAGGCGAAGGCCUCUAUUUAGCAACGUAGUGGUAAUGGUGAAGAAUUGAGUCUUUUUGCAGGCUCUGACAAAGAAGAUGGAAGUACCGAUGGUCCUGUGAAAGAAAGUUGCUUUAAACAGCCAGUGGGCAUCUGCACAGAAUUCGACAGUGUUGUUUAUGUUUGUGAUGCUCAAACAAACACUAUCAAGAUCUGCAGCAAGUUAAAGGAAUGCGCACACUUUCUCAAAGCAAUUGGCUGCCUUUACCAAGCGUUUUCAGUGCAUAACAAGAAGCUGUAAGCCUCAUUUGGCAAUGUAAAGAGAUGCUUGAAGAGAACACCAACGGAUAUUCAAGGUGCCACUAGUAUCGAAACAGCUCUUAAUGGACCCCAGGGACAUGUGUCGGCUAGGACAUCAGUUGCCAUGAUAGACGCAGGUCUAAAGAGAUUGGGUGCUAACCUUCGAAAAUAUGAUUGCGCGCACACCAAUUUGUUGAGCUGCAUGACACUGGAUGUGGAAAACUGUCAUUCAUUUGUACAUAUGAAACAGGCAAAUAUGUCAAUGGAAAAAUACUGCAGAUUGUUUGGUAUGGUGAUAAAAGAAGUAUGAAAUGAGUGACCAGUUGGACAGCUACUAUCACACAAGCAGGUGAUCAUGGUAUCCAAAACCAGAGGAAGCUUUGUUGUUGUCGCAGGUUCCUGUUAUGAAUCCUCUACUGAUUGCCAACAUAUGUCAAGCUGACAGCGAUGUGCUCAGAGACUGGGCGUCCUCCUACGGGGCUGUACAGACAACGGACUGUACACCAAGAGACCACCAUGGCACGGCAUGGAACACUCCCAGAAUUUAUGUACCAAAGGCAGUGUGAAAUCUCGGAGAAGCCUGUAUCCAUAACCUUUGAUAAGCAUGACACACAUGCAGUUAUAGAACACGAGUUGGAAGAAGACCAGGUAGACAAGUUUGGCGAAAGCAGCGAUGAAGAAGUGGUUAAUGACGAUAGUUCUGAACCUACUACUGCAACUCACUGA